AUGGGCAUUUAUCAACUGGCAAAACGAGCAUACCACGAAGCAAUUGCUGCCAAUCCAAAUAAUGAAAUUACACUGGCAGAAAAUCUUCACUCGCUUGGUUUAGUUCAAUCUGAUGAAGGAAAGCACGAAGAAGCCAUGAUUUCAUAUAAUCGUGCUCUAGAAAUUCGAAAACGAUUGUUCCCACCUGUCCAUCCUGCUAUUGGUAAACUCUACAAUGAAAUGGGUGGUACAUAUCUUUCAAUCGGACGUUUAGAAGAGGCCUUAGAACACUUUCAAAAAACAAAAGCUAUUGAAGAAGAGUCCUUGCCAGAAAAUCAUAUAGAACGAGCACGUACUUUAAAUAAUAUCGGUGUCACACUAUUCAAGCUAGAUAGACCUGAAGAAGCACUCCCAUUUGUGGAUAAAGCAGUUGCAAUAUCUUGCAAUCUACUACCUGAUACUGAUUCACUUCGUAUCAUGUUUCAAAAGACGGCUGAUAUUGUGCGCAAGAGAGUUGACACUGGUAGUUGCGAAGGUGUCAGUGUUGGCGUGAAAUAA